CACAAGCAGAAACCCCUAAAGAUAACCGCAUUCCUCUGACCAAUCAGCCAUGGCGCAGCAGCCGAAGGGGGCGGGGCCUUCGCGAGGGCUCCAGCCAGCAGACCUGACACAGGAUGAUGAUGACGCAGAGGAGGCUCCCGAUACAGCUGUGCUACUGGCGUCCUUCCGCACCAAGGUGGUGGGCGUGCGCUACUACGACGGGGAGGCCAACACGGACGAGAUGGUUCUGCUGAUUCGGGAGCCGAACAACACCUACGACCGCUGGGCCAUCCGGGUGGACAACAUCCGCGGCGAUAAAAUCGGGCACAUCUCGCGCGAGCAGGCGGCGGUGCUGUCGCCGCUCAUUGACGCCGGCCAGCUGCGGAUCGAGGGCGUGGUGCAGGGCGCAAAGGGCCAGUACAACAUGCCAAUUGACCUGCUCGCCUUCACGCCGCCCGAGGCCGCGGACGCGGUGCGGCAGCAGCUGCUCAACGGCGGCAUCAGGCUGGGCAGAGCCGCGGCCGGCAGCUGGGCAGGAGGCGGAGCCGGCGGGGCGGCGGGCGGCGCGGCAGCGGGAGGGGCGCGUGCGAGCAUUCGCGUGCUGACGCCCACGGAGGUGGACUGUGCCCUGGACAAACUGUUCGAUGAGGUGCACUCCACCGCCGCCAUGCAGCCAUCCAUGCACCCAGACCCCGAGGUGCUGUCGCGGCUGUUCCCGCACCAGCGAGUGGCGCUGGCCUGGAUGGUCGCGCGAGAGAACGACAGCACAAGCCUGCCGCCGUUCUGGGAGCAAGUGCCCGGCACUGCCCCGCGCUUUCGCAGCACGCUGACCAACUUCGUGGGAGCACGCCGGCCGGCGGCCGUUCGCGGCGGCAUCCUGGCCGAUGACAUGGGUCUGGGCAAGACCCUCACAGUCAUCUCCCUCAUCGCCACCAACCGCCCUGGGCUGAAGGAGCUGCCCCCCGUCACGCCCCUCUCACUCGCCGACCCAGACCCCGACGAGCCGCCCACACACACGGCAGCAGCCGGCGCCGGCGCCGGCCCUUCGGCCUCUGCCGUGCCAGCCGAGGCGGCGGCGGGUAAGAGCAAGGCGAGGGGCGGCAAGGCGGCGGCCGCCGAGAAAGGCAAGGACGUGCAGGCGGCCAAGGCGGAGGCCCAGGCGAAGGCAAAGGCGAAGGCCAAGGCGGUGAGGGGCGGCAAGCGGCGGCGCAAGGCGGAGGCGGGCUCUGACGAGGAGGCGGCGAAGCAGGCGGAGGAGCCGCAAGAGGAGGCGGCGGAGGAGGUGGCGGCGGCGGGGGAGGCGGGACAGGAGGAGGAGGAGGUGGAUGACGAUGCGGCCCUGGGCGAUGCGGACGAGGAGGACGGCAGUGACUGGGACGAGGAGGAUGGCGCUGACGGAGAUGAGGAGGAGCAGGGCAGGGGCGCACCUGCUGGGCACGCCGUUGGCCCCUCCGCCGCCGGCCCCUCCGCCGCAGGCCCCUCCGCCGCUGCUCCGUCCACGGGCGGCGCCGCUGCGGCUGCAGCCACGGCUGGUGGCGCCGGCGGCGGUGCGCCCCCUCACGCGGGCGGCCCCCGCGGCACGCUCAUCGUGUGCCCCGUCAGCGUGAUGAGCAACUGGGCGCUGCAGCUGCAGGAGCACACGGCGGGCAACCUCAAGGUGUACCAGUACCACGGUCCGGAGCGCUCCUCCUCGCCCGCGGUGCUGUGCGCGCAGGACGUGGUGCUCACCAGCUACGCCGUACUGGGCCGCGAGCUGGACGGCGCGGGCGGGCGGGGCGGGCUGCUGGGCGUCAGGUGGCUGCGGGUGGUGCUGGACGAGGCCCACCUGGUCAAGAACCCUCGCGCCAAGGCCUCCCGCGCCGCCGCGCAGCUGCAGGCGGAGCGGCGCUGGGCCGUGACCGGCACGCCCAUACAGAACAGGAUGCAGGACCUGCACGGGCUGCUGGUGUUCCUGCGGGUGGACCCCCUGCAGGAUCGUUCCCUGUUCACUCGCACCAUCGAGCGGCCGCUCAAGCAAGGAGACCCGCGCGCCGUCAAGACCGUGCAGGUGCUGAUGGGGGCGCUGGCUCUGCGCCGCACCAAGGACCUCAGGGUGGGUCCCGCCGGCCGGCCGCUGGUGGCUCUGCCGUCCAAGACCGUGCGGCUGGUGACGGUGGACCUCACCCCGGAGGACCGGGCCAAGUACGACGCUCUGGAGCUGGAGGCGCGGCGCAUCAUCUCACACGCGCUGGCGACAGACGAGCUGCUGGACCACUACAUCAGCGUCCUGGAGAUUAUCCUAAGGCUGCGCCAGGUGGCGGACGCGGGCUGCCUGUGCGGCCGCGACCCGCUGCCCCUGUCCGACAUCUUCAACGCAGCAGCUAGGCGCCAGGGGCGGCGGGGCCGCCGCGGCGGCGGCGCGGCGGCGGCUCUGAGUGAGGCGGAGCGGAAGGCGCUGGUGGAGCUGCUGGUGCAAGGGCUGCAGGCCCAGGACAGCUGCUCCAUCUGCCUGGACGAUUUCACCAAGAACGCAUGCAUCACUCGCUGCAAACACAUGUACUGCAAACCCUGCAUCGAGCGCCUGCUGACGCGCUCGCCGGACGCCGGCUGCCCGCUGUGCCGCGGCUACUUGGCGCUGGCCGAGCUGGUCGACCUCCCGCCCGAGGCGGCGGCGGCGGCGGAGGGCGGGGCCGACACGCAGGCCGGCUCAGACGUGGCCGACCCCGUGGCCGCCAGUGCCAAGGUGGCCGCGCUCAUGGCGGCACUGAGGCAGCAGCAGCAGCAGGCUGUAGCAGCGGGCGGCAGUAGCAGCAGCGGAGCAGGAGCGGGGGCGCCGCCGGCGAAGGCGGUGGUGUUCUCGCAGUUCACAGGCAUGCUGAACCUGGUGGGCCGGGCACUGGAGGCGGAGGGCAUCUCCUACGUGCGCCUGGACGGCUCCACGCCGGCCAAGGCGCGGGCGGAGCGGCUGCGGCGGUUCGCCAGCCGCGAGCCAGGCAGCCCGCUGGUGUUUCUGUCCAGCCUCAAGGCGGGCGGUGUGGGCAUGAACCUGACCGCCGCCAGCGCCGUACACCUGAUGGACCCAUGGUGGAACCCGGCGGUGGAGGAGCAGGCCAUGGACCGCGUUCACCGGCUGGGCCAGACACGUGACGUGGAGGUGUUUCGCUACGUGGCGGCGAACACCAUUGAGGAGCGCAUGCUGCAACUGCAGGAGCGUAAGCGGCAGCUGGCCUCCGCCGCCUUCGACCGAAGCGCCGCCGAGAGCGGCCGGAUGCGCAUCGAUGACGUACGACUGCUCAUGGGGCUGGAACCGGGUUCGCAGCUGGAGCUGGAGCUGCGGGUGCAGCGGUACCAGGAGAUGGAGGUAGAGCUGUGGCUUGGGUCAUGACUGGGUGAUGACUGAAAGUUGAUGGCGGCUGUAGCCGAACCCCUGGCGGGGAUGCCCAUGGGGCUGAGCCAGGAGCUGUAGCUGCCGCUGUAGGGGGCGACUGACAGUGGCAGCUGGUGUGUAUGUGGGUGGCAGCUGGAGGCUGUAGCAGCGGCUGUAGCAGCGGCUGUAGAGGAGCUGUAGCAGCGGCUGUAGGGGGCGAAUGACGGUGGCAGCUGGAGGCUGUAGCAGCGGCUGUAGCUAGCUGGCGGCGGGCGGGUGUCGCUGGCUGGCGGCCGGAGGCUGUAGCUGCUGGAUGGGGCUGCUGGGUGGGGGCGUAGGGCUGCUCGUGGAGCUGACGCGGUUGAAUGUGGUGUGAAUAAGGGCUUUGUGCGUGCUCAGCUCUAGAUAGGAAUGCAACGAUGUGAAUACGGGCAGCGAAACGGUACGGUAGCUGCAAGGAUAGCUGGAAGGACUUGGCGUGUUUGGCAGCUCCAGCGGAUGCUUGGCAUACGGCGGGCACAGGGUCCUUGACUUGUGGCUGUGCGAGUGAUCAUGCCACAAGACAGGAGUCACCCUAGCGUGUGAGGGGAAUGUGCUGGCGUAGUCGCGCGAGUGCGCGACGUAGUGCGCGACGUACUCUGUCGUUGUGCAGAACGGUCCGGUAGUGACUUGAAGAAAAGUAGGUAAGUGCGGUCCGCGAGCCUGAGCGGACUGGGCAUCUAAGCGCAUGCCAUACUGCUGGGCGCG